CUUAUUUAGGUUUAUUAAUAAGUACAUGCAUCCCUUUUUAUUUAUUUAUUUAUUUAUUUAUCAUUGUAUGCUGUGUUUAUUGAUAAUCGUGUUUUUAUCUCUCUUUAUAAUGACUGGUUCUUUAUUCCCUUUGCAUAAACAUUUAUAUCAAGUUCAAUCACCUGUUAAUGAAUCUGAAAUACUAACCUCAUUCACAUCAAGCAACAAUAAUAAUUCAGAUACAAUAUGUGGUGAGGCUUCCUUAUCAUGCAUUGCCUUUGUCUCUUAUGAUUCAUCUAUUCCUGUAAGAUGUGGUGUUUUAACUGAGGCGCCUUUAUGUAUACGAUUUGAUUCAAAGACACAGAAAUUAAAAUGUGAUACUUUUUGUGAUACGGAUGGCAGCGGAAGAAUAUGUAUGAAGGCAUUUAAAUCUUGUUGCUCAAAUAGUUUACAUGGCUGUGUAUCAUCAAAACCUAGAAAUAUUAAACUGUAUAAAAAUUCUCCUUGGAAAUAAAAACAAUCUAUUACAUGUCUUCUUCGAGUAAUACAUACAUACAUACAUAUAUAUU